AUGUCGAUCGAACAUGAAGGAGGGUGUUUUAGCACCAACCAUCUCAUGUUCAUAGACGACAUUAAGCUGUUCGCUCGGUCUUCAGAGAUCCUUCACUCAAUGGGUAAAGUCCUGAAAGGUUUCAUGAAGGCCGUGGGGUUGGAGCUCAACUACAACAAGUCGGCGACUAACACCCCUGUGUGUGGUGACCUAGUCAAAGUCUUGGAGGAACACCAAGGAUAUAAGUAUCUUGGUGUGGUUGAGAGUCCAGCCUCAUUAAUCACACCCGAAACGAGAAAGUGUGUAGUGGAGGGUGUGCGUAGUAGAGCGGCAAUGUUAUGUAAGACUCGGCUUAAUGCACGGAACUUAUUUCAUGCCUUGAACGAGUAUGCCAUCUCAUUGCUAAACUACUACGUUGGCCUGAUCGAAUUCGAGCCGAGUGAGUACGAUGAAAUGGACCUUAUUGUCCGAAGAGUACUCCGAGAGAAUCAUGUCCACGUGUUGGCAAGCAAUAAGGAGAGAUUGUACUUGUCUCGCGGGCAGCUAGGACGUGGACUGAGUAACAUCGUACACUUAAGUGAGCGAAUUCUUACUAAGAUGCACGACACCUUGUGGAGUGGGUCGAGUGUAUCCCAAAGGAAGGCUGCCAUCCUUGCUGCUGAAAAAGCGCGUGGUACACACCUAGGGACCAUAAAAGGCUAUGUGUCGGCUAAGUAUGGUCUAGGUGCUACCAAGUUAAUGUGA